AUGGGCAACAAGUACUCUUCACCCUCUCGAGCUUCGCGUGCUUCUGUUUCGGGAGAGGUGAAUGAUCAAGAGGAUUUCGAUGCUUGUGUAUCGAAUAAUGCUCCCAACAAAAGCCGCCAUCUUCGUGAUACAUCGGAAGAAAUGAACGCAAAACCAAUUUAUUCUCUGGAGAGUUAUCAUCGUAGUGAAAAUGGAAGGGAUGAAUUUUUAAUUACACGUGCACUGUUUCAAGUCUUUGGAGAACACCAGAACGUGGUUCAAGGAAAUAUUAAUUCUCAAAUUUCAAAAUUCUUAAACGGAGGCGAAUAUAUUGUGAAAAUAAGUAGUGGAGCUCAUCAUACCUUGUUAAUGACAAAUCUUGGUGGAUUACUGAGUUUUGGAAGAAAUAACGACGGCCAACUUGGUAUUGGAGAUAUGGAAAUGCGAUAUUCACCUGACAUUUGUAAAGUGAAGCCAGUAUAUAAGGAAUUAGAUGAACAUGCAAUCGACAUUUGUUGUGGACAUAACCAUUCAGUAAUUCUCACAAAUUAUGGCCGAUUAAUGGCAUGCGGUUGGAAUGCAAACUCGCAGUGUGGCUUGCUCUCACAUCAUAUUGAUUCAUUUACCAUUGUGCCAUUCAAUCGAUACACCAAAAUGUUACGAUGUGGAGGCAACUCGACAUGUGUAUUAACCACUCGCAAUCUAUUCUACAUUACGGGAAGUCUUUUUACAAAAUUCACAGAAUUUCAAUGCAUUCAAGAUUUUAAAGAACUCUUACAUGAUGGUGAAACUAUUGAGGAUUUCCAGGUUGGAGGGCAAACAAUUGUAGUAGUCACAUCAUUUAAAAAUGUGUACGCCUUUGGUGAAGCUACAUACCAACAAUUUGGUCGAAUUAAUGUUAAUUCAACUCACUUCACCAACAUUACCAAGCAAUUACCUUUCAAAUCUCAAAAUUUAUUGAGUUUUACUUGUGGAAUGUUUCACAAUGUAUUUUUACUGGAUAAUGGAGCCAUUUACACUGCAGGAUAUAAUGGCUAUGGACAGUGCGGUACUGGAAAUUUAAAAGAUACCGAUGAUUUUACACUACUCACAAAAUUUUACAAAAUUGACACUUCAAAAGAACAAGGCAAUAGUAUUUUAGCAAAACAAAGCUCGAAGAAAAUAGAAUAUACUUGUUUCAAUGUGGCUGAGGAUGAAGAUGGCAAGAAAAAGCCACUCUCACAACCUUUCACCAUUGGAGAGAAUGAAAUGAUUAAGAGUGUUUAUGCCGGCUCUUAUCACACUAUUUUUGUGAGUAAUGUUGGCCAUGUGUACGCUUGCGGAAAUAAUGAAUAUCAGCAGUGCAAUGUUCCUGCUUUGGAUGACGAAGAAGAAACCAAAUCCAUACCUCAUAUCAUGCAAAUGAAUAUUCAACCCAAAGCUGAAAUUGUCAUCUUUGCCAACAGCUCUGCAAAUAUCACCAUAGUUGCAGAAAAGGGGUAUAUGAAUUCGUUCUUUUACAAUUCUUUGAAAAAGAGAGCAAGACAAGGAGAGCUGUCAGAUAUUGUUUGCAUUUGUUGA